AUGGCUGAAUUUAUAAUUAAAUAUGUCGGACAAAGAAAUUAUAAGGAAAGAAGGUGUCCAAUAGGUGAUGAUUUUCGUCGUUUGUACCGGUUUAGUGAAGAAGGUGUGCGAUUGUUAACGAAGGAAUUUUUGGGCCUGAGCUCAGAAACGCGUGGUGGUGCUCUCACAAAUGAAGAAAAAAUAAGAACAUUUCUGCGAUACAUAGGAGACCCGGGGUUCCAAAUUGGAGUUGAUGAAAACGUUGGAGUUCAUCAAUCUACGGUCUCUAGAGUGGUGCAGCAAGUUUCUGCAGAAAUUGCAAGCCAGGCCAAGAAUUGGAUUAUAUUCCCACAUACUGUGGAAGAAAUACUAGAAGCGCAAAGGUUAUGGAGCUCGAAGUACGAGUUUCCUUAUGCAAUUGGUGCUUUAGAUUGCACUCAUGUCGGAAUAAGGAAACCUUUGACCUAUCAUGAGGAGUACAUUAACCGUAAGGGAUACUACUCCAUUAAUGUUCAAGCUUCAUGCAAUGCGGAAGAAAAGUUUACAAGUGUUGAAUGA